CCUAGUCGACAUCUUUCCUUUAUUCAACAUGGCACAACUUGACAUUGACUUUCCUUUUGGUGCACAGCCCGAUAUCAUUCGUGCAAAUCAAAAGGAUGUUUAUUACCAAUUGGUCCUUCAAGAGCAAAUGACAAGAGUCGCUCAACAAUUUCUCGGUGCCAGACGGCAACAUCAAUGGCAAAAGGAAAUCAAUACAUUAUCCAACUUUUGUUAUUACGGGUUAACGACUUUAUUGGGUACACAAACACUAGGCGAAGAAUACUGUGAUCUUGUCCAAAUCAACCAAUACACACACACGUUUCCUGGCAUGCUCCGCCGAUGCAUGCUUGUAUUUGUGCAAACCGUGCUGCCAUAUGUAUAUACCCGUGGUAUCAGCCAACUGAAGAGAAACUCGCCUCAACACAUCACAUUGGAAAACAAACAAGGUUUGAAACACUCAGUGCAGCAAUUUAUCAAGACACACAUCCAUGCCAUUCAAGAGUUUUUUGUCAAGAAUGUUCGCCCAGUGCAUCUCGCCAUUUUCUAUUUCUUUGGUGCCUAUUACAAUUUUUCUAAAAGGUUCACUGGCAUUCGAUACAUAUUCACGCGCCAAUUGGGACCCAAUGAACAAAGAGCAGGAUACGAAAUAUUGGGCAUAUUGAUCACGCUGCAGUUACUUAUUCAAGGCGGAUUGACUAUCCGCAAAAGAAUUGCCGAACAUCAAGCUGAGAAACAAGUAAAAUCAUCGGAAGUCGAGUCGGAUCUUACGGAAGAAAAGAAGCGCGAUAACCAUGACGACGACGACGACGACGAUAAUUUUGACUUUAUGGAUUCGAUUAUGAGUGAACCUGAAGAAGAGGAAGAGAUGAGUUAUGAGGCAUCGCAAAUGUUAAAGUGUGCCUUGUGUCUGGAGCAGCGUACGAUGACGACAACCACACCUUGUGGUCAUUUGUUCUGCUGGAAUUGUAUUGUUGAAUGGUGUCAAAACAAGGCCGAAUGUCCUCUAUGUCGUACAGGCGUGAAUAUUUCUCACCUCGUCCCAUUAUCUAACUUUUAAUGUUCAUUCACUACCCCCCGGAAAAAUAAAUGGUCCGUUUCAAAGACGAAUAUCCCGAGUUUUUUAUCAUCGUCAUAGAACAAUACAGAACGUCUCGGGAGAACAAAAAAAACUUUACCCUUCCCACCCCUGUGGUUUUGCAGGAUUUCGGGUAAAGAAGAUUUUCCAUUGUUACACAUAACACACUUCAGAAAAAAAUACAUUCGUUUCAAAAUUAAAAAUUUGUGCAUGAACCUAGAAAACAGGGCCAUUGUUUGUUCGUGUAUGGAAAAAAAUGCAUUACGUGUUGGUCAAUGUUUAAAAAAAAGCUUCAUUUUUUGAUAUAAGGACGGGU